AUGCCGGGCCGCGCCGCAGCGCCUCAGCCUCAGGGGGAACGUGUCUCCUGUGGGACACCACCAAACAUCACCGCCUGCCCAGCUGCCCACACUGCCUGCAUGCCGGGCCGCACCGCAGCGCUCCAGCCUCAGGGGGAACGUGUCUCCUGUGGGACACCACCAAACAUCACCGCCUGCCCAGCUGCCCACACUGCCUGCAUGCCUGGCCGCACCGCAGAGCUCCAGCCUCAGGAGGAACGUGUCUCCUGUGGGACACCACCAAACAUCACCGCCUGCCCAGCUGCCCACACUGCCUGCAUGCCGGGCCGCGCCGCAGCGCCUCAGCCUCAGGGGGAACGUGUCUCCAGUGGGACACCCCCAAACAUCACCGCCUACCCAGCCGCCCACACUCCCUGCAUGCCGGGCCGCGCCACAGCGCCUCAGCCUCAGGGGAAACAUGUCUCCUGUAGGACACCCCCAAACAUCACCGCCUACCCAGCCACCCACACUCCCUGCAUGCCGGGCCGCACCGCAGCGCUCCAGCCUCAGGGGGAACGUGUCUCCUGUGGGACACCACUAAACAUCACCGCCUGCCCAGCUGCCCACACUGCCUGCAUGCCGGGCCGCACCGCCGUGCUCCAGCCUCAGGAGGAAUGUGUCUCCUGUGGGACACCACCAAACAUCAUUGCCUGCCCAGCCACCCACACUCCCUACAUGUCGGGCUGCGCCACAGCGCCUCAGCCUCAGGGGGAACGUGUCUCCUGUGGGACACCCCCAAACAUCACCGCCUACACAGCCGCCCACACUCCCUGCAUGCCGGGCCGCGCCACAGCGCCUCAGCCUCAGGGGAAACGUGUCUCCUGUGGGACACCACCAAACAUCAUUGCCUGCCCAGCCACCCACACUCCCUGCAUGCCGAGCCGCGCCACAGCGUCUCAGCCUCAGGGGGAACGUGUCUCCUGUGGGACACCACCAAACAUCAUUGCCUGCCCAGCCACCCACACUCCCUGCAUGCCGGGCCACGCCGCAGCGCCUCAGCCUCAGGGGGAACGUGUCCCCUGUAGGACACCCCCAAACAUAACCGCCUAA